AGGAAACUCACAAUUCGUGAAGGCAGACCUGUCCGGAAACUAGUUUAUCAAAAACGAAAUUUUAACGAACGACCACUUUAUCUUACUUCCGUCGAUGAUUUAUGCGUAACGCGAUCUCCCCGCAAGAAAGUUGUAGGAGGGGAGACGAUGGAUGCAAAGAAAAGGAAAAGAGUCGCGGCUGUCAUAAAUAUCGCGUCUCCUUUUUCAUCCCGUCGCGUUGAGCUCCUCUUAAAAACGAGCCUUAACACUAUAUCUCUAAAUCGAACGACGCCGAGACACCCGUGACAAGUGGACAUGCCACGACGCGAUGCAGGGCUCGGUUUCGCGCCGGCCGUUCACGACUCCACGUAAAAUUAAGAUCGAUUUCACGUCUAACGAGCGUCGCCCUGUGGCAUGGGUGUUGCGGGACAAAUAAGAAGGGCGGGGAAACGGAAAGAUGAGAUUGAGCCGGUUGGUCGUUCAACCGAGCCAGUUACAACGGACGGCGCCCAUGAUCCGGUUAGUUUGGUGAGGAACGUGAGAGUAAGUCGCCCCUGGAGCAAGAGGAAGUAAGACAAAUAAAUAUUCGCUAGCGAAUGAGAAAGAGAGAAGGACGAACAAACAACAAAUGAAAAAAACACUAGGAGGAUACGGUGAGAUUGGUGAGCGAAACAAGGAAGGAAAACAAGAGUUGGUUGGAAGAGAGAGAAAGAAAAAAAAGCACAGUGGCGAUAGUAGAGAGCUAUAGCGUGAGAGAGACGAGGAAUGUGUGUUUGAAAGAAUCAAAUGAAGCGGGAGAGUGGAAAACGUAGGAAGAGGAAUGAAGGUGGCAAGAUUAGUUGGGAAACGAGUAGGAAAAAGAGGGAAGAUACUAAUACGUCGGAUACGUGGGAUGGAUAAUACUUCCUUGGCGCGUGUAAUGUACUCGUCCGGCGGCGCCGGCGCCUGCAUGCAUGUUCUUUUUCUCUAUCCCACGUAUGUUUACGCGACAUGACACAGAUUCCGCAGCGACGCCCCCUGGGAAGCCUAUAUGGUAAUGCCCGGUCCAGUGUGCGCCAAAAUCUUCGAGCCGCGUCUAAGAAGGAGGUUAUGGUUGAUGUUAUGACGCACGACUUUACGUAGCUCCGAGAUCGUUUAUUCUCGGUUUGAGAACGAUAAACGAACAUUAUUAGCCAUUGAUUUUCGAACGGAAGGUUAUCAUUGCGACACAGGGAGACGCCAGUUACGCAUAUUCGAGUCCUUUAAUUAAGUCGUACGGAAGGGGACAAGGACAACGAACGUCGGCGCACGCGCUGCUUUCCCAUCGAUGUUUAUGGUAAUGUUGUUUGACGGUGUUACCAUGAUCGUAAUACAAUUACGAUGGACUAAAUUGCGUCGUUGUUUACGUUUUCACCGUUAUUAUUUGAUACCCGCGUGAUCAAACGAGAUAUGAAAAAAUCGUUAACCGAAAGUAUGUAGGGUCACGCGAGAAGUGUACAUAACCUCGUAAACGUGUAAAAAUUGUUCGGUGCCUGGUCGUAUGUUUUGGUUAGGUUGUCGGUUUACAUGGUGACGAAAGCCGUGACUCGUGUAGUUAUUUAACGCGACGGCGACAGAACCUAGUGUUUACUAUCGAUCAGAAGGAAGAUGAGAAAAAGAAAGAAGGAACAGGGACAACGAGACACGACGUCAGAUUCCACGAUGCAUUGCGAUAAAGGACCGAUGAUGGAGCAUUCGCCGUCAGCAUUCAACGACUAUACUGUUUACCUGAAUGAACGAACGUUCAGGGGAGGGGGAGGAAGUAUUUUCAAGAAUCGCCAGCGUGUACCGCGUUGUGGUUGGGCAGAGGUGUGCGGGCAGGUGUCUCGACCGAGGCGCCGGAAGGUCGUAAACCGUUUCGGAUCACGAGGUCUCUACCGAGCCUCUCGGUACCGAGCGGCUGGACAUUAUUUACACCUCGUGGCGCGCUGUAAAAUCGCGUAUACACUCGUGUUCCCUCAUGCUGUCCACGCCUGAACGCAGGUUCAUUUAAAUUGCAUUGCAGUCGCAGGACGACCGUUUCGAUUCUCUCUCUCUCUCUCUCUCUCUCUUUUCCUUCUUUUUCUCUAUCAGUUUACAUAUAGUAGAGGUUCUUAUGAAAGCUUUUUCUGGAUUAUGGUAAUGAAAUGAAAUCUCAGAGCCCUCUCAUAGUCUGUAGAUAAGACUUAAAAGAAGGAAAUGUAUUGAAAAUAUACAAUAUAUCAAAUACAAAAGAGUUCUACUAUGUAUAUUUCACAUUAACAGAUUCGGUUCUACUAAAAUGCAAUUGUCCAACCUACAUUCUUUAUUGGCCAAUGUUAACAUUUGUUUAAACAAUAAUACUUAUCUCAACACACUAUUCGUUAGGUUACUUGUCUUCCUUCAGGUACUCUAUUAAAAACUAAAAUACGUAUAACCAUUCAACAGCAUUACUUACUGAAUACUGAAUCAACAAAGAACACCCAUCGUAACAUUGAAUGUACGAAACGUGCUUCCGCACUCGGUAUCCGGAUUAUCGUCACUCUAUAGCUACCCAAAAGCAAACAUCAAAAGCUCGGUCCAGGUAAAACUACCGUCGCUUACUUUCUUACAUUACCUUAGUGAUGGUAACUUUAUUCAUCGAACCUACGGGGCCCGCAGUUCAGUUUUUCGUAGAAGCGACUAUUGUCUCGGAGAUUAAUGGUGCUGCGCGAAACCGUUCGUCCUGCAGACGUAGAGACCCGAAAGAUUUCGCUCCUUUUGUACCCUUCUCUGUCCCGUUUCCUUCACGACGACUACAAUCGUAGGAUGGCCGGCCUCGUUUCGAUUCCCAUUCAAAAAAUGGCCCUCGUCGAAGCUUCGUUUCGAGGGUUGAAUCCUGGUUCUGAUCUCUACUCGCUUCCCUCGGCCUUUUCACGCGCGUGCCCGCUUCUCGGGGGACUUGUUAAUUGUCGGACGAAAUUAAUCACCCGGUACCUCGGUUCGCCUUUUGUAUACGGCGAGCUCGCGAUUCGCUCGAUUUAACGCGUUCCAUUAUACGGUCUCUUGGAUGGAAGAGAAUUGAUGUGAGAUGAAGAUAGAAGUGGUGAAAAGGAAAUUAUGGCGCGUCGUGGGAUCUAAAUGACGCUGAUGAUGUUUUGUUGCUAGGUCUUCCUGCAGAUGGUGCUUGCUACUUUGGGAAUGUACGUUCGGCAAGCAGAUACGGGAACUGGGCUCCACCUGGUUCGCGGAUUUGGGCCCGCCCUUCGGAGUCAUGUACUGCAUCAAAUGCGAAUGCAUUCCGGUGCAGAAGAAACGGCGAAUCGUAGCGCGGGUUCACUGCCGUAACAUCAAGAACGAAUGCCCAGAACUUACGUGCAAAGAGCCAGUUCUCCUUCCAGGCAGGUGUUGCAAAUCUUGUCCGGGAGACUUUAGUAGCGACAUAGUGCAGGAUUUGCCAGCGCAAUUGACCUCCGAGGAAGAGGAACGAAGUCUAAAACAUUUUGGGACACUUUUAACUGGUAAAACAUCUCAGGUACUACGUCGCGAUGAACCCAGCCCAACAUCAAUGUACAACAGUGCUUAUAACUAUCUGGCCACAGGUCGUUUCACAUUUCACCGCAAAAAUCUGUACUAUUCCUUUUAUUUGUCAACAUCCACUCCUCGUCCAAGAAGCAUACAAUUUAUCGAUGGAUCGGGAAGUAUUCUAGAGGAACAGACGAUCGAUCCUAUUGGUGGAGUGUAUCAAAAUGCUACGGGUAAACUUUGUGGGGUAUGGAGGAGGGUCCCUCGAGAUUACAGGAAACUGCUGCGUGAGGAACGCCUGCACGUGUCCUUUAUAUGGGAACCGUCGGCUACCUUGACUGGACAGUUGUCCCGUUAUCGCGCCUUGUCCACGGAACAGUAUUCUUCCUUGUUGGAGCCCACAAUGGGAGUGGAUCGCUCGCUGAUGUCAGGUGCAGGAGCUACCGCCAUAGUUUCAGCGUCCUCAGCAUCAGCGCCAUCUAUCCACGUAUCUUUGGUAUUCAAUGGCGUCUUUCUACCUAACGAUGUCUCCGAAGUACCACUAAUCGUCCAAUUGGAACACAUGGAGAAGGAUUAUGUAGUUUUACGGGAGGAAAUAAUAGUGAAGAAGCCGUCGAACGAAUUAAACUUUGGGGAAGUUCGGAGCGCCUUAUCUGGGGCGGACCUUCGUUUAUUAACAAGAGGCAAGCUCUCUAUUAGCAUAAUGUCAAAAAAAGAUCCUCAGGCACUUCGAUUAGCUGGGGUAGUGGGUCCACGUGCCAACUGCGAGAUGUAUCAAACUUUGCUGAUCUCAGAAACACCUUCAGCAGCUUCUGGAUUGGCCUGGGCGUUUUUAGAUCGCGCUGGUUCGUUGCGUUAUGGCGUUCAGUUGAUAGGAUUGGAAGAGGAGAGUCCUUUGGUAACUUUAGUAGAUGAAGGAGGUAAACGUCGCACCGAAUUGGAAGAUCUGACGCCUUCUCUUGUUGAUGGUUUAGCUAAUGGAUCCUUAGAGCGUCCAGGACCACGAUUCCUUGAACCCUUGUUUAACGGAGAACUUGCAGUUGUUGCUGCCUCGCACGUUGGAUCUAUGUUGCGUGGCCGACUACUACAGAGACCUGUAGCCGAUGCUAAAGAUACUGCUGCACCUGUUUUGCUCAGAAGACUGUCCCAGGAACCUUUAAACCCUGGUCCAGUUGGUCUGGUCUGGACAGCUGUUGAUCUAGACUGCUCUUUACAUUAUGAGCUUGAAAUUGCUGGCUUCCCUCAAACGUCUUCCACAAACAGCCACGAGCCACGUACCCUCCGACUUUAUCUAGAAACCAUGCCCUUAGUAGUUCAAGGAGCACCUGUAGCUAGGAGAUUGUUGGAAGAGUUCACUGGAUACGUUUUGGAAGGUUCUGUCACUGGACUAUCACCAGUGGAACUAUACAGAAUCGAAUCUGGUAUUGGUUUCCUUGAAGUAACCGAUAAACAGGCUGAAAGAAUUUUGAAGGCUCCGUUCAAAGCCAGGGCGCCGCUCAGCUGUCUUCCUCAUUAUGCGGAUAACGAUGUUGCCUCGGUGGUCGCGUAUAAUCUUUACCCACCUAGGUCGGAUAUUGAAACUGGCGCGUGCUUCCAUGAGACUAGAUUUUACGAAGAGGGUACUCAGUGGACCUCCAGCACAGAUCCGUGCUACAUGUGCCACUGUCACCGUGGACUACCACAGUGCGAUCCAAUGCCUUGUCCAGUUCUAACCUGCGCUGAGAGCAAGCAGUUGAAGCCUGCUUCUGGUCACUGUUGUCCUAUUUGUUCAAGUCCAGGGAUCAACAUGAAUGCGACAGGGAAAAAUGUGAGUUCGGUGACAAGAGGUUGCACACUGGCUGGCCAGUUCCAUCUGCCAGGAGCGUCAUGGCAUCCAUAUUUGCCACCAAUGGGCUUCGACACUUGCGCAGUUUGCACGUGUGAUCCCGUUACGCUAGAGGUGAAAUGUCCGCGGGUGCAGUGCCCGCCAUUGGAUUGCGACGAGAAGAUCGCCUUCAGACCCAGUAAGAAGGCAUGUUGCAGACAGUGUCCGGCGAUGACGCCUAGCACGAUCGCAGGAGUUGGGGGCGACACGACACGUUUACCACGGGACCAAGCGGCGCCAUCCACCAGGCGCACUGCUGAGGACAUAUUGGCUUCCGGCGGUUGCAAGUAUCCCCUUGGUGGUCCGUAUGAGAACGGGAUGGAGUGGCAUCCACGAGUCCACUCGCACGGAGAGAUGAAAUGCGUCAAGUGCAGGUGCAAGAAUGGCGAGGUCAGGUGCGACAGGAAACGGUGUCCACGGGCGCUAUGCAACACGAUCGCGCACCAGAUAAAACGCGGCGAAUACGUGGCAGACGGUGAUGACUGUUGCACGGUGCAGUGUCGGCGGGCGAGACGUCAUCAUCGUAACAAUCAUCAUCCAGCUCGGCAUUCGGUGACACCACGUGAACUCAGCUGAGUAGUUCCAGCCGCUGCUACCAAGCUUCCUUCGAGCAGUAUCCUGGUCCACGGUAAUGCUCCUGGACCUCGUUUCUCUCUAUAGCCAUCGAUUAGCCAUGCCGUAGUCGUCGUCAUCGUCGCUACUUUCGAUUCCAAAGCGAUUCUAGAGCGACCGGGAAGCUAUGAGAAAGUGAUAGAAGUGAAUUGGUAUCAGAAGCCUACAUUCAAAUCAAGAAGUAAGG